AUGGAGGAAGAACGAUCGCCUUUCUCAGUCAGCUUUCAUUUCGAAGUGCCUCUGCCUCCAGACACACAAACGCCACUGACAUCGAUUAGCAGUCAUAGCUUGCAGAGUCUCCAACAAGGCACAAAGGGGAUUACGCGGUCCCCAUCCUGGAAGGAGAGUAGCACCGACAGAACCCAAACGUUUCGUUACCGCUUUCAUACCCCUCUGCCAGGUCAAGGAUUGGUCACCUCUCCGCUUCCAACACUCCCAACUGGGCACGGAAAACAGUACCCUCUUCGAUGGUUCGGCAUACGCAAGACAUUGCAUAACCAACGCAGCUCUUGGCGCUGGACACAUUCUUCAAUGAAAGACUCCGUCGCAAAACCGAAAACUCGCCUUCUAAUUGCCUCGUUGCUAUGA